AUGAGACAGAAGGAACAGAAUGGAGUGAUCUUUGAUCCAGCAAUCGUAUAUUCAAUGAACACUGUUCUCACCUGGGGAAUCCAAUUAUUUGAUGCCAUUGAUCACAUGUAUCAGAACCACAAAAUGGUACAUCGAGAUAUCAAACCAGACAACAUUUUUGUGACCAAUGAAUACCAGCUGAAGAUUGGUGACUUCGGAUUGGUAAAAGUAGUGGGAGAUGGAACUGUUACGGGAACGUUUAUUGGAACACAACGAUAUAUGAGUCCACCUGAGAUGAAGGAGGAUCGGGUACAACGGGAUGUUUAUGAACAAAUAAAGGAGGCUGAUGUAUCGAAUUCCCAUCGAAAUGAUAUUUACAGUCUGGGACUUGUUAUGUGGGAGAUCAUCGAAAGGCGAACCAUUUUCACAAACUAUGAGAUGCCUGGAGGAUUUGAUCGUGACCAAUUAUUGUUCGAUAUUGCACUCAAACGUGUUACUGAAAUCGAAUCACCUGAAUGUCAAUCAGAAAUUCAAAAAACCAUCUUGAGAUGUACUAAUUUUCAACGUAUUCAUCGUCCACCAGCUUCUGAAGUCUUGGAUUCCCUCAAACAAACACAGAAAGCAAAUGAAUUCAUCUCUUCACUCCCUUUUAUGCCCACAGAAGAUGAAAACCAAAAGAAACUGAUGAAACCAAUUGGAUUUGAUGAUACAACAGAAGGGAAAUCACGAGAA